AUGAAGAAAUCUUCAUUAAUAUUGCUAUUGUUUUUGAUAUGUUCGCUACAAGGUAAAAGUAGUUAAUAUAGAAUUUUAGCGUAACAGUUUGUUGAACUUUAAAGCGGAAUUAAAUUACAAUCGCUUGAAGAAUUGAAUAAUUUGGAUACAGAUAGUCUAGAUUGUUCUCCAGGCCUAGAAUAAGUGAGCAAGUCUAUGGAAGCUUGGCAAGAGAUACUUUCUAACCCUGAUUAGAUAGAUAAUGAUAUUGAUAAUUUGCGAAAACUUAAAGUAGCUGUGUCUGAUUACAGAAAAUCAGAAGGAUAGAAGACAAGUAUUACAUAAUUACAAUAUUUUAGCAUUAUUACAAUAUCACAGCACAAAGGGUUCUUUUGCAUUUGUUUAAUUAAGGCAGAGUGAUAGAGAUUCUUUAUUACAAUAAUGGAGACAAUAUGGUCAAAAUAUAUUAGAUGGUUAAUUGAAUUUAUUAGAUGCUGCCUCAUCAAAAGAAGAUGCAGAUUAAUGUUGCGAUAAAAUUGAAGAGUUAAUCAAUAAGCUCUUGAGUGAAAGAGAAUAAAUAAGAGAACAAUGCAAAAAACCAUCAGUAUUUUAUUUAAAUUACAUAUCUAGAUUACAAUUAAUAUCAUCAAUUCUAAAUCUGAUGAUGUACAAAGAAGAGUUGAAUCAUGUUCUAAGGAUGGAAUCAUUGUAAACACAGAUGAAGAAUAAAAAGUGAUUAUCAAACCUGAAUAAGGAAGUUCACCUGUAUCUGAAGAAGAACCUGUUAGUGCCUCAGCAUUAGUUAGUUCAUCUGAUUCUGAAGAUGAUGAGGACACUGUAAAUAAAAAAUAACCAUCAGAUUAUACAAAUGAUUAACCUAUUAGAACUAAAGAAGUUGAUAAUGGUGAUGAAGAAGGAUCAGAAGAUUUAGUUGAAUAUGGAUAUGGUUAUUGGGCUAGAUUUAUGUUGGCUUAUCCAAAGUUCAUGCCUAAAGGUAAAGAUGCUCCUUGGUACUUUGUUUCAAGAUUGUCUGCUAAUAAAAAUACAGAUAAUAUUAAUAUGGGAGAUAGACUAUUAGCUAUUUGGUUAGGUAAAGGAUUCUAUCAUUUCACAACAUGUGAUAAACCAUAAAAUCAACCCAAUGUUGUUAAGAAUGUUGACUAUCCAGAAAAUUUGGAUGGUGUUUGGACAUACAUUUACUAUUCAUACAGUUCAGAAAAGAAAAAAGCAGUUGCUUAUAUUAAAUUUGGUGAAAAUGAUUUUAAGAAAGUUGAACAUGAAGUUACUCAUCCAACAACAAAAUUUGUUAGAUUUACUGUUGGUGGCACAGAUGAUAAGAGAUACCCAGGAUUCAAUGGUUUAUUGAGUGAAAUUUAUUUCAGUGCUAAGAAAGGAGUCUUUAUUGAUAAUGAUGAAGACAUUUAAGCCAAAUUAUAAUCCAUGAAAAGAAUUCCAAAAGAUUUUAUUCCUGAUAUUGUAACAUAUAAAGUUACAACCAAUCCUAUCACAAGAAAACCAGAAGAUAGAGAAAUACACUAAAUUAUUGGUACUACUUCCAAACCAAAAUUCCCUCAUGAGUAUGCCAUAAGUGGAUGGUUCAAAUGGACACCAACUGAUAAACAAUAAGAUUGGCACAACAUCUUCAGAGUUUAGAUAUAAACUCCAUCAACUGAUAAAUUCUUGGGAGAUAGAACCUUAUCAGCUUGGGUUGGUAAAUCCGAGGGUGGCAUUAUUCAUUUACCUACUUAUACUGUAACUGACCUUGAAGGUAAUGGAAAUGCAAAUCUUUUCAAGAACAUUCCUCAUAAAGAUAGACACAAUUAAUGGUUCUUUGUUUAUUUCGGAUACUCUAGACCAUAAUAAAAAGCUAAAGCCUACAUCAGAUGGACAGAUUCAGAGGAUCAUUAAGAAUAUGAAAAGGUUAGACAUUUCACUGUUCCUAAAUUUUACAUCUUUGUUGGAAAAGAUAAACAUUUCCCAGGAUUCAAUGGAGAUGUUGCUUUAGUUGCAUUCAAUAUUGGAGAAGGUGCAUUUAGACCAGGAAAUGAUUUGAAAGCUAAGAAUGAUGCUUUCAAUGUAGUAAUUGGAUAAAAACAAUUGUUAGGAAAAUAACCAGAUGAUAAAGUUAAAGAAAAGGAUGAUGAAGAUGAUGAUGAUGGUAUUACUACUCCAAGUUCUACUGAUGAUAAUAAGCCUAAAGUUGAUGAAACCAAAGAAUCUGAAGAAGACUUAGUAGAAUAUGGUUAUGGAUUUUGGGCAAGAUUCUUAACUGCUUAUCCAGUUAGAUUACUUAAUGGAAAGAAUGCUCCAUGGUACUUUGUCUCUAGAUUGACAUCCAAUCAAAACUAUGGAAAUAUUGCUAUGGGAGAUAGAACUUUAGCUGUUUGGUUAGGACAAGGAUAUUAUCAUUUCACUACAUGUGAUAAGAAAUCAAACAAUCCAAAUGUUAUUUAAAAUAUCAAUUAUCCCAAUGACAUUGAAGGUGUUUGGACAUACAUUUAUUAUUCUUACAGUGCUUAAGAAAAUAAGGCUAUUGCAUUCAUUAAAUAUGGUGACUUAGAACCAAGAUAAAUCAUUCACAAUGUCAAUCACCCAACAACUAAAUAUGUAAGAUUCAUCUUAGGUGGAAAAGACAGCAAUAGAUAUCCAGGAUUUAAUGGUUUAUUCAGUUAAAUUGUUUUCUCUGCUAAAGAAGGAGCCUUCCUUGAUACUUUAGAUGAUUUCAAUGAUCAUAUUUCUAGAACAAUCAUUCCAGUUCAUGAUUUGGAUAGAUUAUAUAAACAUGAAUUAGUUGAAGAUACCAUCUCAAGAAAAGUCAAUGAAAACCCAAUUUAUGAUGAAUUAGGUGGUGGAUCUUAAAAAUUCCCUCAUGAAUAUGCUAUUAGUGGUUGGUUCAAAUGGGAACAAACUUAAUAAUAAGUUUGGCAUAAUGUUUUCAGAGUUCAAAUUAACAAACCAUCUACUGAUAGAUUUUUAGGUGAUAGAACUCUUUCAUUCUGGAUUGGUACAGCUUAAGGAGGUAUUUUCCAUUUUCCAACCUACACAUACACAAACAUGAAUGGAGCUGGUAAUCCAAAUAUGGUUAGCAAUAUUGUUCACAAGAAUAGACAUUUGGAAUGGUUCUUUGUUUACUUUGGAUACUCUAAAAAUGAGAGAAAAGGAUUUGUAGGAGUGAAAUUCACAGGAGGCAUUGAAACCAUUGAAUACAAUAAUGUCAAUCAUUACUAUACUCCUUAUUUCUACACAUUUAUUGGUAAAGAUAAAUAAUUCCCAGGAUUCAAUGGUAAAAUUGGAUAUGUAAACUUUGUUUUGGGAAGUGGCACUUUCAGAAAAACACCAGAUUUCAAACAUCCUAAAGAUAUUUUUGGAUUCGAUAAAGGAGAGUCUGCCUUACUCAGAAAACCAGAUUCAAAGAAACCAUAACCUAUCACAGAUGAAACUGGUGAAAAGUAAUUACCAAAUGCUCACAAUGAAAAUGCUCCUAAAGUGACCAAAGAAUUCAGAUCUGAAGUUUCAUUUACUGAAUAUGGCUAUGGAUUUUGGGCAAGAUUCUUAACUGCUUAUCCUGUCAAAUUAGCUAAUGGUAAGAAUGCUCCUUGGUACUUUAUGGCAAGAUUAACAUAACAUGAAAAUUAUGAUAAUAUUAGAAUGGGAGAUAGAAUUUUAGCAAUCUGGUAAGGAUAAGGAUAUUAUCACUUCACUACCAAUAAUGUUCAACCAGCUAAUCCAAAUGUGAUUAGAAAUAUUAACUAUCCUGCAGAUAUUGAAGGUCUUUGGACACAUUUCUAUUUUUCAUAUUCCAAUACAGGAAAAGCUGUUGCAAUUGUUAAAUUUGGUGAUUUGGACCCAGUAUCAGCUGAAUUCCCUGUUAAACACCCUGAUUUGAAAUAUCUUAAAUUUAUUUUGGGAGGAAAAGAUUAAAAUAGAUAUCCAGGUUUCAAUGGAUAAUUCACCUAAGUAGUAUACUCAACAUCAGUGGGAGCUUUCAUUGAUUCUGUCGAUAGUCACAAAAAAUUCUUUGCUGACAAAGCUUCCCCACUCAAAGGAGGAAAAGUUCCACUUUCAACUACUAGAAUAAUUGAUUCCUAAAUUGAUAGAUAAGUUAACUCAGAUCCAGUCAAGACAACUGUAGAAACUGCCUUCCCUAAAGAAUAUGCUUUUUCUGGUUGGUUCAAAUGGACAUAACCUACUCCAUAAUAAGCUUGGCACAAUCUUUUCAGAGUCUAAAUUGCCACUCCAUCUACAGACAGAAAUUUAGGAGAUAGAACUUUAGCUGGUUGGGUAGGAAAUGGAGGUAUAAUCCAUUUGACAACUUAUUCUUACAGAAAUAUGAAUGGAGCUGGACCAAAUAAUUUGCCAUAAAAUAUUCCACACAAGAAUAGACAUUUUGAUUGGUUCUUUGUUUACUUUGGAUAUAACAGAAAUGACAAAUAAGGAUAUGCAUACAUUAAAUGGAAAGACUCAGAUGAUAACUUAGAUUUCAAAGACAUUAAUCAUUACUUUGCUAAUAGAUAUUAUGUCUUCACUGGUAGAGAUGCUUAGUUCCCAGGAUUUAAUGGAAAAGUUGCCUAUGUUUCAUUCAAUGUAGGAGAAGGUGCCUCAAGAAGAGGAAAUGAUUUCAGUCAUCCUGAUGAUGCAUUCAGAUUUGAUAAAGCUGGCUAAUUGAUUCCAAAAGUAGAUCCAUCAAAACCAAAAGUUGAUGAGAAUACUGUUCAUGUAAAUAAGGUUGAUAACAAUUCUCCAAGAGUUGAUGAAAUCUUAAGAUCAAAUGAUAAUUUAGUUGAAUAUGGUUAUGGAUUUUGGGCUAGAUUUUUAACAGCAUAUCCAGUUAGAUUGAUCCAUGGAAAGAAUUAACCAUGGUACUUCGUCUCUAGAUUGACUACUAACGAAGAAUAUGAUAAUGUUAGAAUGGGAGACAGAGCUUUGGCUAUUUGGUAAGGAUAAGGAUAUUAUCAUUUCACUACAUGCAAUAAAUAAAAUGGUGCAGUUAAUGUGAUCCAAAAUAUCAAUUACCCUGAUGAUAUUGAAGGUGUUUGGACAUACAUUUACUAUUCCUACAGUGCUGAAAAGAAGAAGGCUGUUGCAUUUAUCAAAUAUGGAUAAGAAGACUUUAAAUCAAUCACUCAUUAAGUUGUUCAUCCAGUCACAUAGAGUGUUAGAUUUAUUUUGGGAGGUAUGGAUGAAAAGAGAUACCCAGCCUUUAAUGGUGUUUUCACUAAAGUUACUUAUUCACAUCAAAUUGGAGUUUUUGUUGAUUCAGUAGAUAAAUUAUAAGCAGGUGUUGUUCCAUUAGUUCCAGUUGCAUUAAGCAAUACAAAGAUUGUUGAAAACCCAAUUGAGAGAUCAGUUCAAGUUGCUCCAACUGAAACUACUGUUGGAAAAGAUGAAGAAUUACCAAAAUUACCAUCAGAAUAUGGCAUAAGUGGAUGGUUCAAAUGGACACCUACCUAAUAAUAAGUUUGGCAUAACAUUUUCAGAGUAUAUAUCAACAAUCCAGCUAGUGAUAGAUUUUUGGGAGAUAGAACACUCUCUUUAUGGUUAGGUAAUCUAUAAGGUGGCAUCUUGCAUUUCCCAACUUAUACUUAUAAUAAUAUGAAUGGUGCAGGAAACCCCAAUGUUGUUUAAAAUAUUCAACAUAAAAAUAGACACAACAAUUGGUUCUUUGUCUACUAUGGCUAUUCAAAGGUUGAUAGAAAUGCAUAUGCUUAUGUAAAAUGGACAGAUAGUGAAGAUUCAUUAAAUUAUGCAAACAUCAAUCAUUACUUUGCACCAAAAUUCUAUAUCACAGUUGGAAAAGAUAAAUUCUUCCCAGGAUUUAAUGGAUUUAUUGCACAUGUUAAUUUCAAUCUUGGAAAAGGAAGUUACAGAAAAGGUAACGAUUUCACUCAUGAUGAUGAUUUCUUCGGAUUUACUACUGGUAAAGAUAAAUUAUUCUAACCUGCUAAAUAAGAACCUCUUCCAGAAGUUGAAAAAGCAGUUCAUGCAAGCAAGACAUCAGAAGAUGCUCCAAAGGUUGAUAAAGUCAGUCCUUAGGGUACAGAUAAUUUACAAGAAUACGGAUACGGAUUUUGGUUGAGAUAUUUAACAACUUAUCCAGAAAGAUAAGUCAAUGGUAAGAACUAACCAUGGUACUUUGUUUCAAGAUUAACAUGGAAUAAGGAAUAUGAUAAUAUUAGAAUGGGAGAUAGAACUUUGGCUAUUUGGUAAGGAUAAGGAUUCUAUCAUUUCACUACAUGUAAUAUCUAAAACAACAAUGUCAAUGUUAUUAAGAAUGUAGAUUAUCCAGAUGAUAUCGAAGGUCUUUGGACUUUUGUUUACUAUUCAUACAGUAAGAAUGAAAACAGAGCUAAAGCAUUUAUUAAAUAUGGAGAAAGUGAUUUCUAAGAAGUUGAUCAUCAAGUCACUCAUUAACCAACUUAAGUUGUUAGAUUCAUUUUGGGAGGUACUGAUGAAAAGAGAUACCCAGCUUUCAAUGGUUUAUUCACUUAAGUCUAUUUCAACACUAGAGUUGGUGCUUAUAUUGGUAAUGUAGAUGCAGCUAAAAAAUUUGUUAAUGAUCUUUCACCAAUUCCAAGAAUCAGAGUCAGUGAUUUAACUAGUAAGCCAAUUGUUUCUGAUGAAAUUGAAAGAUAAGUUACAGAUAAACCAACAGAAGCAACUGUCGAAGAAUAAAGAUUAGCAGAUGAAUAUGGAAUUUCAGGUUGGUUCAAAUGGAGUGAAGUAGCUUAAUAACCAUGGCAUAACAUUUUCAGAGUUCAAAUCAAAACUCCAUCCACAGAUGCAUUCUUAGGAGAUAGAACUUUGACUUGUUGGCUUGGUACAGCUGAAGGAGGUAUUUUACAUAUGCCAACAUAUUCAUACACAAAUAUGAAUGGAGCUGGUAAUACUAAUUAUUGGAAGAAUAUUCAACAUAAAGAUAGACACACUAAAUGGUUCUGGAUGUACUUUGGAUAUUCAAAACCAAAGGCUUAAGCAUAUGCUUAUGUUAAAUGGACUGAUUCUGAAGAUUCAUUAACUUAUGAUAAAGCUAAUCACUAUUAUUCUCCAAUUUAUUACAUCUUUGUUGGUAAAGAUCCUCAUUUCCCAGGAUUUAAUGGAAAAUUAAAUUAAGUCACAUUUAAUAUUGGUGAUGGAUCAUUCAGAACUGGAAACGAUUUCACUCAUCCAAAAGAUGCUUUUGGUUUCAGUACUGGUUUGGAUAAAUACUCAAAGAAACCAGAUGCACCUUCAGUCAAAUCAGAUGACAAAGUAUUAGAAAGUGCUGAAAACUCAAAACCACCUGUUUUUGAUAAAGAUGCUAAUUCUGAUAAAAAUUUAGAAACUUAUGGAUAUGGAUUUUGGUUAAGAUAUUUAACUGCUCAUCCAUUUAGAUAAUUAAAUGGUAAGAACUAACCAUGGUACUUUGUUUCAAGAUUGACAUGGAAUAAGGAAUAUGAUAAUAUAAGAAUGGGAGAUAGAGCUUUGGCUAUUUGGUAAGGAUAAGGAUUCUAUCAUUUCACUGCUUGCAAUUCUAAGACUGGUAAUGUGAACUAAAUUCUUAAUGUUGAUUAUCCAGCUGAUAUUGAAGGAUUAUGGACAUACUUCUAUUAUUCAUUCAGUGUUGAUGAAAACUAAGCUGUUGGUUUUGUUUAAUAUGGUGAUUCUGAACCUAAAUAAAUUGUUCACAAAACAUCACAUGCUGCCACUAAAUAUGUCAGAUUUUUAUUAGGUGGUACUGAUGAAAAUAGAUACCCUGCUUUCAAUGGUCUAUUUGCAGCCGUUUCAUUCCAAACUUAAAAUGCUUACGUAGGAACAGUGGAUGAAUUCAAGAAAUUAAUUGCUACAAUACCAAUGCCCUCUUAAGGAGUUAGAGAUUUAUCAACCUACAAAUUAAGUGAAGUCAUCACCAGAACACCAUCUGACGAUAUCUCUAAAGAAGUCACUGUUGGAGGUGGUAAAGAAUAAUUCCCAUCAGAGUAUGCUAUUAGUGGAUGGUUCUAAUGGAAACCAAUAGCAUAACAACCAUGGCAUAACCUCUUUAGAGUCACUCUUAAAUAACCAUCAACUGAUAACUUCUUGGGUGACAGAACAUUGACUUUAUGGGUUGGUACUCCAGAAGGAGGAAUUUUACAUUUCCCAACAUAUUCAUAUCAAAAUAUGGUCGGAGGAGGAAAUAACAAUUAUUGGAAGAAUAUUGCACACAAGAAUAGAAUUAGAGAAUGGUUCUUUGUUUACUUCGGAUAUUCAAAAACUAAAGCUCAAGCUAAUGUUUAUGUUAAAUGGAGUGAUUCUGAGGAUUCAUUAACAUAUGAUAAAGCCAAUCAUUACUUUGCUCCUUAAUUAUUUGUAUUUUUAGGAAGAGACAAACAUUUCCCAGGACACAGUGGUAAAAUUGCUUUUGUAAGAUUUAAUUUGGGUAAUGGUGCUCAUAUUGAUAAUAAUAAGUUUGAUCAUCCAUAAGAUAUAUUUGCAUUUAAAGAUGGAACAGAUAGAUUAUUCAAAAAAGAAGAGAAACUCUUACCAGAUGAACCAACAAAAGAUGUAUUUGAAAAUGGUUUCGAAUAAAAACAACCAGUUAUUAAUAAGGAAAGCCCAUCAGAAAAUGCUUUAGAUGAAUAUGGUUAUGGAUUUUGGAUGAGAUUCUUAACUUCCUAUCCUUAGAGAUUACCAAAUGGUAAGAACUAACCAUGGUACUUUGUUUCAAGAUUGACAUGGAAUAAGGAAUAUGAUAAUAUUAGAAUGGGAGAUAGAGCUUUGGCUAUAUGGUAAGGAUAAGGAUUCUAUCAUUUCACUACAUGCAACUCAGUAGACAAUAAUCCAAAUUACAUUUAAAAUAAUAACUACCCAGAAGAUAUUGAAGGACUUUGGACUUAUGUUUAUUAUUCAUACAGCGAUGACAAAAAUAGAGCAGUAGGUUUUAUCAAAUAUGGAAACUAAGACUUCUAAUCAAUCAAACAUGAUACAACUCAUGCAACUACAAAAUAUGUAAGAUUCAUUUUAGGAGGUAAUGAUGAAGGUAGAUAUCCAGGAUUUAAUGGUAUAUUUAGAUCUGUCACAUUUGGUACAACAAGAGGUACUUUUAUUGAUAGUGUUGAUUAAAUGAAUAAUUAUUUGGCUAAAGUUGGAACACCAUCUUCUGAAUUACCUGAUUUGUUCAACUACAAGAUUGUCGAUUCCAUUUAAAGUAGAGCAGCUAAUGAUGAGCCUGUAUAUAAAGUUGUUGGAAAAGAUAAUGAAAGAUUCCCUCAUGAAUAUGCAAUUAGUGGAUGGUUCAAAUGGUAACCAACUGCCUAAUAACCAUGGCAUAACCUUUUCAGAGUUCAAAUCAAGACUCCAUCAACAGAUGCAUUCUUAGGAGACAGAACUUUGACUUGUUGGGUUGGUACAGCUGAAGGAGGUAUUUUACAUAUGCCAACAUAUUCAUACACAAAUAUGAAUGGAGCUGGUAAUACUAAUUAUUGGAAGAACAUUUAACAUAAAGAUAGACACACUAAAUGGUUCUGGAUGUACUUUGGAUAUUCAAAACCAAAGGCUUAAGCAUAUGCUUAUGUUAAAUGGACUGAUUCUGAAGAUUCAUUAACUUAUGAAAAAGCCAAUCAUUACUUUGCACCAGAAUUCCACAUUUAUGCUGGAAGAGAUAAACACUUCCCAGGACACAGUGGUGUUUUAGCUCAUGUUUAAUUCAAUCUUGGUAAAGAUGCUUUUAGAACUGGAUCAGAUUUCAAUCAUCCAAAUGAUGUCUUUGGAUUUGGUAAAGGAAAGGAACUUAUUAAAGCACCAGCUGAAUUUAAGCCAAAAGAUGCUGAUAACACAGUUUUAACUAAUGCUGCUAGCUAAGUUAAGCCAGUUGUUGACUAAGAAGCUAAAUCAGAUGCUCCAUUUGAAUAAUAUGGAUAUGGAUUUUGGUUAAGAUUUUUGACAGCUCAUCCUGAAAGAUUAAUGAAUGGUAAGAACUAACCAUGGUACUUUGUUUCUAGAUUAACAUAAUUUGAGAAAUAUGAUAAUAUUAGAUUGGGAGAUAGAACACUUGCAAUUUGGUAAGGUUAAGGAUAUUAUCAUUUCACCACUUGCAACAUUGCACCAUAAAAUCCAAACUUAAUCUAAAACAUUGAUUACCCUGCUGAUAUUGAAGGUUUAUGGACAUAUAUUUAUUAUUCAUACAGUGCUGAUAGCAAUAAAGCAGUUGCAUUCAUAAAAUAUGGAGAUUAGGAAAUUAAAUCAAUUACUCAUAAGACAACUCAUGAAGCAGUUAAAUACUUGAGAUUCAUUUUGGGAGGUAACGAUGCUAAUAGAUAUCCUGGAUUCAAUGGACAAUUCACUUCAGUCACUUUUUCAACAGAUGGAGCCUUUGUUGAUGACACAGCCAAGAUCAAUGCUUAUAUUAAUAACAAUAAAGCACCAUCAGUUGUUGUUGCACUAUAAACAUAUAAAUUAGUAGAGGAUGCAAUUUCAAGAGAUUCAAAUGCAGAACCUAUUGAUAAGACUCUCGAAGUUGGGCUACCAUUAGAAUAUGCAGUUAGUGGUUGGAUGAAAUGGAAACCAACAGCCUAAGCACCAUGGCACAACUUAUUCAGAGUUACUUUGAAGACUCCAUCAACAGAUGCAUUCUUAGGAGACAGAACUUUAACUUGUUGGGUUGGUACAGCUGAAGGAGGUAUCUUACAUAUGCCAACAUAUUCAUAUACAAAUAUGAAUGGAGGUGGAAACACAAAUUUCUGGAAGAACAUUUAACAUAAAGGAAGAAUUACAGAAUGGUUCUAUAUUUAUUAUGGAUAUUCAAAGAUUUCAAGAAAAGCUUAUGCCUUUGUUAAAUGGACUGAUGGAGAAGACUCUUUGACUUUUGAUGAUGUAAACCAUUAUCUUGCUUAAAGCUUGUAUGUAUAUGUAGGAAGAGAUAAGCAUUUCCCAGGACAUAGUGGUAAGAUUGGAUACUUCAAUUUCAAUGCAGGUGAAGGUGCAUUUGUGACUGGAAAUAAAUUUGAUCAUCCUAAAGAUAUCUUUGGAUUCUCAAUUGGAUCUGAUAAAUUACUUACCUAAAGAGAUGCUGAAUUAAAACCAGGAGUUCCAGUUACUGAAUAAUUACCAAAUGGAUUUGAAGACAAGAAACCAGUUAUUGAGAAAGAUUUGAAUGCAGAUCAAGAUUUAGAAGAAUAUGGUUAUGGUUUCUGGAUGAGAUUCUUAACUGCAUAUCCUGCUAGAUUAAUAUCAGGUAAAAAUCAACCAUGGUACUUUGUUUCUAGAUUGACACAACAUGAAUAAUAUGAUAAUAUUAGAAUGGGAGAUAGAACAUUAGCUAUUUGGUAAGGAUAAGGAUUCUAUCAUUUCACGACUUGCAAUUCAGUGAAUAAUAAUCCAAAUGUUAUCCAAAAUAUUGAUUAUCCUGCUGAUAUUGAAGGAUUAUGGACAUAUAUCUAUUAUUCAUACAGUGAUGACAAAGCCAGAGCAGUAGGACUUAUUAAAUAUGGAAAUGAUGAUAUCAAAGCAAUUCGUCAUGAUGUUACCCACCCUGGAACAAAACGAGUCAAAUUUAUUUUAGGUGGUAAUGAUGUUGGAAGAUAUCCAGGCUUCAAUGGUAUUUUCACUUAAGUCACAUUCAGUGCUUCACCUGGAGCAUUUAUUGAUUCUCCUGAUAGAUUAAAACCACAUUUAGAAAAGAUAGGAACACCAAAUUCAGUUGUUAGUGAAUUGACUAAUUCAGUUCUUGUUGAUUCUUUGAUUGCUAGAGAUAAAGGAACAGAUCCUAUUGAAAAAACAGUUGGAAGUGAAACCACAAGAUUCCCACAUGAAUAUGCAAUAAGUGGAUGGUUUAAAUGGACACCAACUGCACAAGAAGUUUGGCAUAACGUAUUCAGAGUUACCCUCAAAUCACCUUCAACAGAUGCUUUCUUAGGAGAUAGAACCUUAACUUGUUGGGUUGGUACACCAGAAGGUGGUAUUUUACAUUUGCCAACAUAUACUUAUGCUAACAUGAAUGGAGCUGGAAACACUAAUGUUUGGAAGAAUAUCCCUCACAAAGAUAGACAUACCAAGUGGUUCUUCUUAUAUUUCGGAUACACAAAGUUAUAAUAAAAAGCUUACUCUUAUGUUAAAUGGACAGAUGGAGAAGAUAGUUUGAAAUAUGACAAUGUUAAUCAUUACUUUGCACCUUAAUUCUUUGUAUUCGUAGGAAGAGAUAAACAUUUCCCAGGAUUUAGUGGUAAAUUAGCCUAUGUUAACUUUAAUGUUGGAGAAGGAUCAUUUAGAGGAGAGAAUGACUUCAAACAUCCUAAAGAUGUAUUUGGUUUCGAAAUCGGACAAAGCAAAUUAUUGGAUUCAAAGAAAGGUGAUUUCAAUCCAAAAGAAUUGUAAAAGGACUAAGUCUUGGAAAAUCAUUUUGAAAAUGAUAAACCAACAAUUGAAAGAGAUGAAUAAUCAGGUGACUUACCAUUUGAAGAAUAUGGAUAUGGAUUCUGGAUGAGAUUUUUAACUGCCUAUCCAAAGAGAUUAAUUAGUGGUAAGAAUGCUCCUUGGUACUUCUUGUCAAGAUUGACAUACAAUGAGAAAUAUUAAGAUAUUGCUAUGGGAGAUAGAACAUUAGCCAUUUGGUAAGGAUAAGGAUUUUAUCAUUUCACAACUUGCAGUAUUGCACCUGCUAAUGUUAAUUUGGUUCAAAAUAUCAAUUUCCCAGAAGACAUUGAAGGAUUAUGGACAUUUGUAUAUUACUCUUAUAGUGCUGAUGAAAAUAAGGCUGUUGCAUUUAUUAAAUAUGGUGAUGGAGAUAUUCAAUCAAUAACUCACAAGACUACACAUCCAGCUGUUAAAUUCUUGAAAUUCAUAUUAGGAGGAAAUGAUAAUAAGAGAUAUCCAGGAUUUAAUGGAUAAUUUAGAUUGGUGACAUUCUCAACACAAUCUGGUGCCUAUGUUGAUAAGAUGGAUACAAUUAAUGAUUAUGUAAGAAAGAACCCAAGUCCAUCAACAUUAGUUCCAUUAUAAUCAAAUCAAAUCAUCAAAGAUCCAGUCUCAAGAUAAUUUGGAGAUGACUUAGUACAAAGAAGAUUUGGUGGUGACGAUAACAAGUUCCCAUUAGAAUAUUCAUAUAGUGGAUGGUAUAAAUGGAUUGAUGGACCUAAUCUUAAUGCUUGGUAUAACUUAUUCAGAGUGACAAUCAAAGAUCCAUCAACAGAUUAAUUCUUAGGAGAUAGAACAUUGUCAGGUUGGAUUGGAUUUGGUAACUUACAUGUACCAACAUACUCAUAUGCUAACAUGAAUGGUGCUGGUAAUGUGAAUAUAUUUAAGAACAUUGAACAUAAGAACAGAAUUUUCAAAUGGUUCUUUGUAUACUUUGGAUAUUCAAAGAAAGACUAAGCUGCAUAUGCAUGGGCUCAAUGGUCAACUGGUGAUAAGGAUUCUUAAUCUUGGGAUAAAUGUAAUCAUUAUUUGGCUCCAGAAUUCUUUGUAUAUGUUGGAAGAGAUAAGCAUUUCUAAGGUAUGAAUGGUCAAUUAGGAGCAAUCAACUUUAAUUUAGGAUAAGGAUCAUUCAGAAAAGGAGAUGAUUUCACUCAUGAUGAAGAUAUUUUCGGAUAUAAUGCAGCAUUUACAAAGAAAUAACCAGCUUAAUUUAAUUUAGAUAGUAGAGUUGCUAAAGUGUUGACAUCCAGUGUUGAUUAAAAGGAUCCAACAUUCACCAAGAAUUUCGAUGGAGAUGAGGUUGACAAUGUAAGUGAAUAUGGUUAUGGAUUUUGGUUAAGACAUAUGAACAUGUAUCCAGUUCCAAUGAAUAGAGGUGUUUAAGUAGAUUGGACAUUUGUAGCUAGAUUAAGUAAGAAUGAUAAAUUGGCUGAUAUUGGUUUGGGAGAUAGAGUUUUAGCUAUUUGGUAAGGAAGAGGAUACUAUCAUUUCACCACUUAUAAUGGUGGAAAUCCAAAUAAUGUGAAUAAUGUCAAUUUCCCAUAAUUAUUGGAUGGUAUUUGGACAUUUAUUUAUUACUCUCACAAUUUAGAUAAGAAGUAAUCAAUUUCAUUUGUUAAAUAUGGAGAUGGUGAUAUUAUCAAGAAUGUUAUUGCAGCAGAACACUUACCACCCUUAUUACUUAAAUUCUAUUUAGGAGGACAACACUUAGUUUAUAAAGGAUUCAAUGGUUAAUUCUCAGAUGUGAUAGUUUCAGCUAAUAAAGGUGUCUUUGUUGAGAAUAUUGAUGACAUUAAAGCAUUAUUAGAAAAAGUAUAAUAACCAGCAACCUAUGUUCUUGAUGUUAAGACUAAAUAAGUCAUAGAAAAGGAAGCAAUAUUUAAUGAUAAGACAGAAUAAAAAGAAAUUGUUUAUGAUGAUUUGGCAUUAGCUCCAGAAUACUCUUGGAGUGGUUGGUUCAAAUGGACAUUCAUUCCAAAUUAAUAAGCAUGGCAUUUAGGUGUUCGUUUGAGUGUUUUGUAAUCAAGUGAAAACCUUUCAUUUUUGGGAGAUAGAACAUUAUGUAUGUGGGUAGGAACACCAGAAGGAGGUAUAUUACACUUUACUACUUAUAACUAUGCAAAUAUUUAUGGAGGUGGUAAUGUUAAUUCAUGGUAGAAUGUUAAACACGAUGAUGAUCAUGCAAGAUGGCAUUUUGUUUAUUUCGGAUACUCUAGAAUUUAAAGAUAAGCUUAUGCUAGAGUUGAAUUUAGAGGAAGAGUAGAAGAAAGACCAUAUAAAGAUCACAAUCAUUUCAUUGCUAAUGCUUUUUCAUUCUAUGUUGCUAAAGAUAAAUGGCAUGCUCCAUAUAGUGGUACAAUUUCAACUUUGAGAUUCAAUGUUGGUGAUGGAGUGUUCAGAACUGCUGAAUAUGAAAAGGCUAAAGAUGAUAUUCAUGGAUAUGAUUCUGGAAGAGCAUUGUAUUUCAAAGCAUUACCAAAAGUAGAUUUAGAUAAAGAUUUGUAAAAGGGUGUAUUGGAUUCACCAUAAAAUGGAAAGGAUCCAUUAAUCACUAGAAAAUUGUAAGGAAGUGAACUUGAAGACAAUACUGAAUUUGGUUAUGGUUUCUGGUUGAGAUUCCUUACAUAAUAUCCAAUUGCAUUGAAAUAAGGAUUAUAACCAGCAUGGUCAUUUAUUGCAAGAGUAACUAGAAAUCAAGAUUUGGGAGAUAUCAGAUUAGGAGAUAGAUUAUUGGCUAAUUGGUUCAAUAGUGCUAAUUAUUAUCAUUAUACUACAAAUCAUGCAGGAAAUGUAAAUGCAGUUCAAAAUAUUUAAACUGGUUAAGAUGUAGAAGGUGUUUGGACAUAUUUGUUCUUUGCACAUAGUGAUAAUGUUGAUUAAUCAGUUGGAUACUUGAAGAUUGGAGAUAAAUUGUAGAAGAUUGUAAUUUAAUCAUAAAUUCCAGUUCCAUAAUUCUUGUAAUUCUAUUUAGCUGGAUCAUAACUUAAUUAUCCAGCAUUUAAUGGUCAAUUUGCUAAUGUUGUAUUCUCUGCUGGAGAAGGAAUUUUCAAAAAAGAUGAAGCUGAUUUCAAUGCUUGGUUAGAAAAGUUUGAAAGACCUGCCUAAUUCAAUACUAAUUUAGUUACAAAGAAAGUAAUUGAGGAUCCAAAAGAAUUCAAUAAAGAUACUCCAUCUGAUGAAAUUGUAUAUAAUGACUUUGCACUUGUUGGUGAAUACUCUUGGUCAGGAUGGUUCAAAUGGACUCCAACAGUAUAAUAACCAUGGCAUUUGAUGGUUAGAUUCUCAAUUCAUUAGGCAUCAGAAAAUAUAUAAUUCUUAGGAGAUAGAACAUUGAAUGCUUGGGUUGGAUAAGGAUAUUUCCAUUUCACAGCAUAUACAUAUGUUAAUCUUAAUGGAGGUGGAAAUGUUAAUUAAUGGUAAAAUAUGAACUAUGAAACAGAUCAUACUAAAUGGCAUUUUAUCUACUUUGGAUAUUCAAAAGUUUAAUAAUUGGCUUAAGCUAAAGUUGAAUUCAAGAAUAGAGUUGCAGAAUUAUCUUUCAAGAAUACAAAUCAUUAUUUACCAAAUAAAUUGUCAGUUUAUGUUGCUAGAGACAAAUGGCAUGCAGUUUAUAGUGGUAAUAUUGGUCAUUUAAGAGUCAAUGGAGGAGAAGGUGCAUUCAAUCCUACAGGUUAUGGUGAUGCUAAAGAUGAUAUCUUUGGAUAUUAGAUUGGAAAGGAUGCAUUUGUAGAGAAAGAAGCACCUGUAGAUGAAUUGAGAGAAUAAGAAAUAUUAGAUUCAGCAUUCAAUUAAGAGAAACCAGUUCUUUAAAAAGAAUUUAAGGAUGAUGAUUUAGCUGGAGUCUAAGAAUAUGGUUAUGGUUUCUAUUUCAGACAUUUAGAAUAAUAUCCAGUUUAAAUGAGAGAUGGUAGAUUAGCACCAUGGUACAUAAUGUCAAGAUUAUCAUGGAAUAAGGAUGAAGGAGAUAUUAGAAUGGGAGAUAGAUUAUUAGCAGUUUGGUAAGAAUAAGCAGCAAUAUUGUUUGUCACAAAUGAUUUACCAGGAAAUCCAAACUUAUUGUCUAGAAUAGCAGUUCCAGAAAGAGAAGGAGUUUGGACAUUCUUAUACUUCAGUUAUUCAUUGGAAGAUUAAUUAGCUGUUGGUAUAUUGAAGUUUGAUGGAAUUGAUGAAGUAUUCCAUACAUCAAUGAAAUGUAAUCAUGGUAAAAUAAGUUAUUUGAGAUUCACUUUGGGAUCUGCACCUCCACAUUUCUAUCCAAGAUUUAAUGGUCAAAUUGCUAAUUAUGCAAUCAAAUUUGGUAAAACUGGAUUUGUUAGAAAUUAUGAUGCCUUAAAGAAAUAUUUGGACAACAGAAUACCACAUCCAGCAUUAGAAGAUAAGGCUUUGAAGACAUUGAAACAUUUAGAAGAAGAAAAAACCUAUAAAGGAGAUAGUUAAGAAGAACUUGUUGUUGAAGUUUCAGGUGAUUUAGCUAAAUUUGCAACUGAAUAUUCAGUUUCAGGAUGGUUGAGAUGGGAUCAACCACCUAUUGGAGUACCUUGGUUCAACGUAUUCAGAUUGAGUUUAUACUCUCCAGAUGCAAAUGCUGAAGGAAGAUUUGGUGAUAGAGAUUUAUCCUUAUUCAAACAUGCCACUUAUUAUCAUUUCUAAACUUAUAAUUAUGCACCAGGAUUACCAUGGAUUUAUGGAUUCGAUUUCCCACAUGAAGAUUAACAUACAUAAUGGCAUUUCUUCUAUACUGGUUACUCAAGAGAUAAGAGAUAAGUCUAUCAUUAUAUAUCAUUCUUAGAAGCAGAGGCUGACAAAUUAUUCGAAAAACAGACACAUCUUGUUGUCAAUAAGCACUAUUUCUCAUUUGGUAAAGAUUUCAAGAAAUUCUAUGCAAGUCAUAGAGGUGUUACUGGUAUUGGUAAUCUUGUCAACAUCAAUUAUGGUAAUGGAGCAUAUACAACUAAACCAUUCUUAAACAAAGAAGGAGAAGACAGACCUGAUGCAUUUAAUUUCAAUAAGGGAAGAGAUAUUUAUACUCCUAAAUUCCCAUUAAAGGAAUUCAAUACUGAAAAGGAUAAAUUAUUGGAAUGUAUCUUUGAUAAGGCUGAACCAAAUGUUCUUUUGAAGAUCGAAGAUUCUAAAGAUGUACCCACUAGAGGAUUAUAAGAAUAUGGAUGGUCGACUUGGUUAAGAUGGUCAAGAACUGGACCUAAAUCAAUGCCCUGGAGAAUUGUUUGGCAUAACAUUGCUAGAUUGACAAGUAAAAGAAAUCAUGGAGAUUUAUCACAACCAGGUGAUAGAUUAUUGGCAGCAUGGUUAUUCACUAACUCUUAUUACUUCUCUCAUUCACCAAAAGGUGUAGGAGAAUAAGUCUAACACAUCCCAUGGAAGGUUAUUGAUGGAGAAUGGAAUUUCAUUUCUAUUUCAUACAAGAAAGGAGAAGUUAAGGCUUAUGUGUUCUAGAAAGGAGAAGUUUCAGAUUUCACUUGGAAAGCUAAACAUGAUUUAGUUGGAGACUAUUUAGAAUUCAUUUCAGGAAAAGAAUUUGGAUAUAACUUCUUCAAUGGAUAUAUGUGGGGAUUAUCAUUGAAAUUAGGUGAUGGAGCUCACUUUGCUGAUUAAGAUGCUGUUAAGGCUUAUGUCACUGGAGCAAUGAAAUUACCAGAUGAAUACAGAUUUGAUUAGACCAGAAAGACUUUACCAAUAAAGAAGGAUAAGGUUAAAAUUGAUGCUGCAGCUGAACCAGAUAUUGUUACAAUUGAACCAAAAGAUGCUAAUGGAAAAAUUGAAUAUGCUAUUUCAGGAUGGGCUAGAUGGACUGAUAUUCCUAAUAUUGGACCUUGGCAUCUUGUAUACAGAGUCACUUGUUGGGAUAAAGAUCUAGUUGGUAACAUGGAUAAACCAGGAGAUAGAACCAUGUCUAUGUGGAAGGGAUUAGGAUUUUACCAUCAAACUGUAUACACUGUUGAUUAAGUUAAUGGUGGUGCUUGGUCUAUCCCAUAAAAUAUCGAUUAUAAGGGUACCCUACAUAAGACUUGGGUGUUUAUCUAUUAAGGUUAUUCAAGAGAAAAGUAGAAGGCUCAUGGAUUUAUUAAAUUCCCAGAUUCAGAAGAACAUAGAGAUUUCCCUAAUAUUAAUUAAUUUGUACCCACUUACUUCACUGUAUUAUGGCAUAAAGAUAAAUGGCAUCCAGGAUUCAAUGGAUAAAUGGAAAAUUGGUUCUUCAAUGUUGGAACAGGAUCUUAUAGAGAAAAUGGUUAUGAUGAUGGUGAAACUGAAUAAUUAACAUUCGGAUUUGGAGGAAGAGUUGUUCCUGAAUUGAAACCAUGGAAGGUUGAUGAUAUCUUUGAUUCCGCUUGGGGACCAGAUUAGAAGGUUGGAAAGGAAGUUGAACUUAUUGAUGAUGCUAUUAAUGGAGUUACUGAAUAUGGUUAUGGAUUCUGGUCAAGAUUCUUAUGGAAUGGACCAAAUAAAUUAGUUGAUAAACCUGCUUGGAUGGCUUUGUCUAGAUUCACAAUCAACUAAAAUUAUUAAGGAGAUGCUGCAUAAUAAGGAGAUAGAACUCUUGCUAUUUGGGUUGGACAACCAUUCUAUCAUUUCACCACUUACACUCCAGGAAAUAAUAAUGUUGUUUAGAAUAUUCAAUAUGGAUAAAUGUUGGAUGGAUAAUGGAAUUAUGUUUGGUAUGGAUAUAAGAGAUUUGAUAAGACAGGAAAAGUUUAAGGACACAUAGUAUUUAAUGGUGAUUAAGUCAGAUCAACACAAUUCCCAGUAGUAACUCAUAAUCCAAUUACUGAUUAUGCUUACUUUGCAGUUGGAUCAUCAGGUAGCAAAUUACUCAAAAAUUAUCAUGCCUUCAAUGGACAAUUAGGAUUAGUCAGUUUGAUAUUAGGAAAUGGCGGAUAUAUUGAAUCAGCAGAUGAUUUGAAAAAGAAUAUGCCAGGAAUGCCAAAAGUUCCAGAAUUGAAUUUAAUUAAGAAGACUGUCUUUGAAGAUAUUCAAACAAUGAAGAGAGAAGAAGCCACUAUGAAACCUUAUGAAUAUGCUGAUGAAUUUGCAGGAUAAUAAGAAUAUGCAGUUUCAUUAUGGUUCAGAUGGAGUUCAAUUGGAAGAGUUGCUUGGGAGAAUGUUUACACAUUGUCAUAUCAUGAUUAAGCCUCAAGAGCAAACCAUGUUAGACCAGGAGAUAGAGUGUUAUCAGUAUUCCAAUAUGUUGAUCACAGAAUCUUCUUCAGUACAUACACUACACCUGAAAAUCAUGAUGCUUUCGCUUAAAUUUUCACUGAAGCCCCAGUACCAACUCUUGAUUAAACUGCUUGGGUUUAUGCUUAUUAUGCAUACAGUAGAAAGGCAUAAUCAGUGGUGCAUUUCAUGAAGACAAGAACAACUGAAAAUGAGAAGAAAUUAGGAUGUAUGCAUAGAGUUCCUAAAUAUUUAGGAUUAUGGGCUGGUAAAGAUGGUAUUCACACACCUUACAAUGGUAAAUAUGCACAUAUGUACCUUUAUGCUGGACCUGGAUCAUAUAGAGAGAAGGAUUACUUAUCAUAUGAACCAUAUAUUGCAGGUGCUCUUGGAAUUUAAGCAAAACCAUGGAAAUGGAAUGAAAAGAAGGACUAAUUUGAUAUUGCUGAUAAAUAAGAAAUUGAAUUAGAUGCUAAUGCAAUUGAUGGACAUUCAGCAUAUGCUAUUGGAGUUUGGUUGAGAUACUUAACUGCAAUUCCAAAGAGAAUUUUGGAGAAAUAAGCUAGAAUGGCAGUAUAUAGAUUCACUUAGAAUAAAUAAUUGGAAGAUAGUGCUAAAGUAGGAGAUAGAACAUUAGCAUUAUGGUUAACUACUGGACAAUAUGGAUUCAGAACAUAUAAUUUGGCUAAUAACAAUCCAAGUCUUUCUCAAGAUAUUAAUUAUGAUGAUAAGUUGGAAGGAGAAUGGAACUUUGUUUACUUCUGUUUCUCAAGUGCCAAAUAAUAAGCAGUAGGAUAUGUCAAAUUCUCAUCAACUGGAGAUGUCAGAAGAGUUUCAUUCCCAGAGAUUGCUCAUAAACCAAUUGAAGGAUUUGGAAAAUUGUAUUUGGGUGCUACAUUCACUUAUUAAGGAUUCAAUGGUCAAAUGUCAUAGUUGUAAAUGUUGUUUGGUGCACAAAGUUAUGUUUCAGAUACUGAAGCCUUGGAAGCAAUUAUUAAAGGAACAUUCACUGCACCUGAAUUGGAUGAACCAGGAAUUCAAACUAUUAAACUUUAAGAUGAAGAGGUUAAUAGAAAGGUUGAUGAAGCUGCAGUUGUUAAAGAAUGGCCAGAUCAAUAUUAAGGAUCAUUAGAAUACGCCAUUUAUGGAUGGUUCAGAUAUUCAAGUCCAACCUUGAAGAAAGAUAAUAAUGUAUUGUUAAGAUUGACCAAUAAUGAACCUGCCUAUAGAAAAGAAGCUGCUAUGGUUGGAGAUAGAACUUUGUUAAUUAUGUAUCAACCAAGAGAAGUUGUGUUCUCAACAUAUACUUUAGGCAAUGUUGAUAAUGGAUUGAUUGCCAACAUUAGAAAACCAACACCAGUUGGAAACAAUUUCGGUGUUUGGACAUACGUAUGGUUUGGAUACAGUUGGCCAAAGAGAGCUGCUUCAGGAGUUGUCAAAUUCCCAACAGAAACAGUUGUUGUUCCAUAUGAAAAUGUGUUACAUAUGAUUCCUAAGUAUUUGGCAAUGUUUGUUGGUUCAGAUGGUAUGUUAGGAGGAUGGGAAGGUCCAAUUAGAAAGGUUGGAGCAGUCUUUGGAAAAGGAGCAUAUGUUGAUACCAAGAAAGGCAACUUCGAAUCACUUUUACCAGAAGUCUAAAGUUUAGUAGUCAAGAAGGCCUAAUGGAAACCAGAAAAGGAUGGUUUGAUCUAUGUUCCAUAAGGUGAAAAAUUCGAUCAACCAGGAUAUGAUGUUACAUUCAAAGAUGAAGUUGGUGGUGUAAGUGAAUAUGGUUAUGGAUUGUGGACUAGAUGGUUAAUGACUACUCCUUAAAGAGUUAAUGAUAAAUCACCAUUCAAUCAUCUUGUUAGAUUGACAAAUACUGAAAAAUAUGAAGACAAUGCUGAAUUUGGAAAUAGAAUUUUAGCUACUUGGGUUGGCAAAGGAUAUUAUCAUUUCACAACUUAUGACAAGAAGACAAAUAAGAUUUCAAUUGCUUAAAACAUUAACUAUGAUGAUUAUCUUGAAGGCCAUUGGAAUUAUAUUUAUUAUUCAUUCACUUCUAAGGAUCAACCAAGAGCUGUUGGUUUUGUACUCUUUGGAGAUUUACCUGAAAACCCUGUUGGAAGAAUUGAAUUCCUUGAUAUUUAACAUACACCAUUGAAUGGUUAUGCAAGAGUUGUAGUAGCUAAUAAUGAAUUCGGAUAUCCAGCUUUCAAUGGUAUGAUCUCAGAUUUCAGAGUCAAUUUUGGAUAAGGAUUUGUUGGAUCAAAAGAAUAAUUCCUCAAAGACAUCAUCUAAACAUAUCCAAAACCAAAUAUCAGAGUUCCAUAAAGAACAGAUGUUAAUGUCUUAAGAGAAUAGAAGAACUUCGAAAAGGAUAAUCCUAAUCCAAUUAAGAAUUUCUAUGAUUAAUAUUAAGGUGUCCUUGAAUAUGCUGUUUCUGGUUGGUUACAAGCCAAGAAGGGAAGCAGUGAAGAAACUCUUAAAUCAAUCUUCAGAUUAACUAUCAAUGCUCCAGGAUAUUAGAAAGAUUCAACCAAUGCUGGUGAUAGAACUUUAGCUGGUUUCUAAUCUAAAGAUUCAUUCAUCCUAUCCACUUAUGAUUAUGGAAAUCUUGAUACUAAUGAUGAUGAUCAAAAUGAUCUAUCCACUAAAUUCUAAAUUAAAGAAAACUAAGGAGAAUGGGUUUAUCUCUACUUUGGAUAUUCUUCAAAGGUUAGAAAAGGAUUUGCUUAUGCCUUAUAUCUAAAUAGAGAAGAUAGUUUCUCAUUCAAUGGACUCAAACACUUUGUUCCAAAUCAAUUCUGGUUCUACUUAGGAGCUGAUGGCUUCAAUCAACCCUUCGAAGGAACAAUGUUUAACUGGAAUCUUCAUAUUGGUGAUGGUUCAUUUAAUAUCAAACCUAAAUCUCAAAUUGAAUUAUGGCCAUAUGAACCAAAACAAUCAAUGGAUUAAGUACUUUCAGUACUUUUGGGCAACUAAGGAUUGAGCUCAAUUAAAUUAACUAGAAACAUUCCAUAAUCUGGAAAUGUAGAUAAAGUUGCUGGUCCUGCAUCAGGAUAAUUUGAAGUUGGAACUGGACCUAAAUCAGGUUAAGUUAGUUCAGCUGAUGGACCUAAAUCUGGUUAAGUUGACUCCGCUAAUAAACCUAAAUCAGGACAAGUUGAUAAAAUAGAUGGAGCUAAAUCAGGAGAACCUUAACCAGGUUCUAAACCAUAGUCAGGCGAUUAAGUAGUAACCGAAUGAGCUU